AUGUCAACUACAUUCAACACCUGUAAAGUCAAUGUCAAGCUCUGUGGAUCAAUACCACGCGAUGAGAAUCUCUCUCUGGUGCAAUGUGCACCUUUGAUGCUUCCAUCAGGUCCCAUGAACACAUACCUCUCUCGUUCGAGUCGUAAUUCUGAAUCAUCUCUUGAUUGCAUGUCCAUUGAUGAGGGACAAAACGUUGCCUCGCAACUUUGUUCCCAACUCUCCUCUCUGGAGAAACAACGAUCACAGCCAAGAAAUGAAUACGAUGCCCCGGGAUGGGCGGUUCCUGCUUGCGGGGAAGCAAGACUUGAACCUGUAUUUGAUUCUAUCGAUAGACAACCACCAAUUGAUCUUACCAAUCAAGCGGUAUUCCGGGUAGGACGUUCACCGAACUCUGAUGUGAAACUCGCUCACGUUACCAGCUCUCGUAAGCAUGCAAUGCUCUUUCAUCACUCGAACGGUUCAUGCUACGUGAUUGAUUGCGAAAGCGCACACGGCACUUACGUGAAUGGGGCUCGAAUCGUUUCUCCUCCCAAUGGAGGAGUGGUGAUUCCUCACAAGGUGAAACGAGGUUCUAUCAUUCGCUUUGGUGGACCCGGCGCACCUUCGUUCAUGCUCAAAUCCUUUUCAUUUGAAUUGGAAGAGAUGAGACAGUUUCCAACAGUGGCACAUUCCACUCUUUCUCCUGCUUCUGCAGUCAAUGCGGAAGUGGAGCACAACACACGAUACAACGCCCUUGGACCAACUGCAAGAAGCUCAUUGCUCAGCACUCUGACUAGCAAGCGCAGCUUUGAUUCCAUGUCCACUGUGGAAGACUUGGACUAUCAAGAGAAGGACGAAAUGAGAUGCUCCUCUCCUCCGUUGUCGCCACAACAGCAACAAGUCCGAUUGGUCUCCCCUGACCUAUCGCAACCUGGACACAAGCGUCGCCGAGUUAGUUUCUCGAGCGCACCACCCAAGGCCUUUUACGCAAACCUAGUGAGCCCCAAUCUUUCUGGAGAUGAAAACGAAUAA